AUGGAUGUGCUAACCGGAAACGCUAUCCAGCUUAUCUACGAUGGGUCCGUCCUUGUGGCUCCAUGUCUCCAAAUAUUUGCUAUAUCUAACUUUGGGGAUGGACCUGAGCAUGGCAAUCGUUAUAGAGUUGAUCUUUCAGAUGGCGUUCACAAACAAAAGGCAUCCUUGCCAAAAAAGUGGAUUGUUAUUCUGGACUUAGAGAUUAUAUGUACAACACAUGCUAUAGUUGGAGAACCAAUGUUCCUUUGUGUAAAACAGGAAGACACUGUAGUACAAACUAUGCCUCCUCUAUGUGAUGCAAGUGCCGAGCCAAGCACAUCCACAAAAUGUCAGGGUUCCGGGCGACAGAGAUCAUUGUUUGGGGGCCGUGUCCUAGCGAAGGACAUCUAUCACUAUAAUACAACAAAAGCAAGUGGUGAUGUUUUUAGCUUUGACAUUGUAGACAGAGAAGGUACUGAAUCACGUGUUACGUGUUUCAAUGAACUUGCAAAAACCCAUUAUGAUAACAUCCAAGUUGGAGUGACAUACACAUUAUCUGGGGGAGCAAUCAAGCCAGCCAAUAAAAUUUACAACAAACUCAUCAGUGGACUAGAAAUAAACUUGGUAGAUGAUUCAAUGGUUACUGCCUGCAAUGAUGACUCUUCUAUACCCAAGCACAGAUACGCCUUCACAACUCUUGAUCAAGUGGCUACCAUAAAUAACAACUCAACCAUUGACGUUAUUGGAAUUGUCAUUCGUGUUGAUCCCACCUCAACAAUAUGCAAAAGAGAUGGUACAGAGGUUCCUAGGCGUACCAUUAAGUUAGUCGACAUGACUCGAACAACCAUCGAUGUUACACUAUGGGGCGCAAUGGUAGAAAAGGAAGGUACUGAACUUGAGCGAAGGCAUUAUUUACAAGAAACAACUACUCUUGCUAUCAAGAAUGGUCGUGUAUGUGAAUUCAAUGGAAAGUAUGAGAUUCAGGCAUCUGUAGAUGUCAAGGUAUAUCCCUUGCCUUCUAGAUAUGCCUUCCAUCUGCAGUGUACAUCUGUUACUGGGUCCAAGUUGUGUGUUGGUCUCUAA